AUGUGUUUCAUACGCCCUUUUCAAUACACUUGCUGCGGCCGAAUCUACGUCGAAGUCACCAAACUUGAUAGCAGCUGUCCCCAGGAUUGGCCGCUGCGAAAGUGUCCCGAUGACUAUUGCAUAAUAUAUCGCCCCAGAGAUGAAGUGGGACUGGAUUUGUUGCAAGGUACAUGCUGGAGAUGUCGAGCCAUGCAAGAGAGGCUUGAGGGAGAGGAUUACGAAGCUCGGAGACCACCUAUCGAUAAUGCAUUUGUGGUUGAGGGUCCAAAGGACUGGAACCCUGAAAAACGACGUAGGAAAGCCGAGCUCUAUGGGAACUGUUGGUACUGUGGCGCUAGCAGUGAUGGUGUUAGGGAUUGCGAAGGAUGUGAGGGAACAGGAAGUGCAUGUAAAGGGAAGAAUAAAUCUGCUGAAGAUGCACCUGCGGUUCCAGCUAAGAAGCGUCGUCGCACUUCUCCUGCUGCUCCUGCUGCUGCUGGUACUGGAGGAGGUAUUACCAAGCCUAGAAGAGGCAGGCCGCCAGGAGGCAGUAAGAAGAAAAAGCUUGCAACCAUCAAGGAAGAGUCUCGAACGAACCAAUACAAGUUUCCCAUCGACAGCAAUAACGCAGCUCAACAAGGGCAAUUCCAUCCUGAUAUUGCUGGACCUUCAUACAACCAGCCUACCUGGCAGUUAGCACCCACUCCUCAUGGAGAUACUACCGCGCCUAGCUACGGUAUGAAUAUUGGUGACGAUAUCAAUAACCCCUUUGCAGCGCUGUCCGGUGACACACAGUCAUUCUUGGCAAAUCAAGCAGCGCUUUCUCAAUACGGUCAAUACGGCGGCAGCAUGGCAGAAAACACGGCGAACUAUCAACAAUUCGAGCGCUCAACGAUGGCACAUCAAGAAGAUUUCCAGUAUCAAGAGCAUUUCCAACGCCUCCAACAUCACCAAUAUCUCCAACAUCUCCAAAAUCAAGAACAUCCCCAACAACAAGAAUAUCUCCAGCAACAAGAACAUCUCCAGCAACAAGAACACCUCCAACAACAAGAACUCCACCAAUCCAUCGAAUCCGAUAACGACGAAUCACAUGGUGAAUCUAAGAUUGACGACGGCGGUGAAGGAGUGAAGUCCGAUACUAAUUUGGGUACAUCUGAGAAAGCAUUUGCCUGUUUUACCGCCGGUAUGGAUCAGAGUCAUCAUGGCCUCAAUCUGACUCCUGAACCUUUUCCCUUUGAGGAAGGUUUGACACAUUUUCCGUCUCGGGAUACAAACAAUGAUUUUGCGACAGCGGGUGCUAGUACACAUACAUAUACACAUACACAUACACAUAUAGAUCCGGUUGCACCAGUUCCUCAAAUGACAACGGAUCGGUUUUCACCACAGCCAAAUUAUUUGCUAAGUCCUGCUUUGUCAGAAGCGCAUAUUGCUCAGCAUGCCCCUCAAAAUACUCAUACAGCAAUUUCCGAUGAGGCUUUAGCUUCUGCUCUGAUAGCUAGUAUGUCUGCUCCUGCUUCUAUCUCGGCUUCACGUAUCGCUACUCCCCCAUAA